CGGACGGUAUGGGUUGUCCCCGUGGUUCUUGGCGAUGGCUUGCCGCGGUGUGAUAGUGGCGACCUGCAACGAGAGUCGUGGGCGCGGACUGUGUUAAUUUUGUUUGUCCCUUGGCGGCGUCCGGGUGACUUGAAGGCGCCUUCUGAAUCCUGGUACGCCGCUUACGAGCGUCGUCGGCCUGGUAUCUGCUCUGAGCAUGCUGCUUUCAUUCGAAACAUGAAUGUCUUAUCUGAGUGUAGGGACGCUCGAUCAGAACAC